AACAUCUUCACGCUGAUGUGAAACUUCGCCUGAGGCCUAAGAUAUUAUUAAGCCGUUGUUCAAUCGAUCUGGUGGUCAACACAUCGUUGUCAAGAAAGGGAGAAAGUUUGCUCGGCUUCGCAAUGGUGAUAGGUAUGCGGAAAAAUAACCCUUGGCUUCGUUCAUUCACCCUCCGACUUCGAUCGUUCCUCGUGGGGCAUCGAUAUUAAGGUCGUGAUACCAAACUAAUAAGACUACCAAAAUACAGUCUACUACAAUUAUAUAUUUCAGCAUCUGCUAAACUUGUAGGAGGUCUUGGUCUUUUUUUUAAGAAGGAGAAGUAGAAGAUCAUCGAGAUUAGGUAAUAACUACUAGUACAACACGCUUCAAAUCAAGUAAGUACCUACUCAUGUUCUUGCUUUAAGAGAGCAGAGCAAAGCGAAAACAACUACAACGAAACAACUACAACGAAACAACUACAUCUUCAAGCGAAAACAACGACAUCAAGAAGCGUAUCCGCGAAUACAGCAAGAUGGCAUCGCUUCUCAUACAGCAACAUCUUAACACUGCUUGGCACGACCAAGCUGCUGUAACGCCUUCCUGUAGCUCGACAUCCUCUGCCAGCAAAUCAUCAACGAAUACUACGGUUCUCACCUCGUUUCUCAGGCAUCAUCUUGCUGAAGCAAGAAAUGCCAACCUGAAAAUAAGUACUGCUCAGGAGUUACAAGAAGGCGCUUUCAACGUACUACCUCCACUACCGACGCAUGACCGAGACCAUCAUGAACAAGUGUUGGUGACACAAGGAAAAACUAGAGCAAAUAUAUCAACUCCAACAUCACGAGCUAUUAGUAGAAGCACCGCUUUCGCCGCUGAAGCAGGAGGAGCCAAUAAUAAAGGCGGGAAAAACGGGGUUCCUAAAGAGCGUUCCCGCGAAAUAUUUUCUACCGCAACAAGUUAAGGCUAGUUUUUCACUAUCGUCCCAUGUGGAUCUUCUUUCAUCACAUACCUUCAAUUAGGAUCCUGGAAGAUUAUAGCGCCCCGCUCUACUUUCCCGAUCCCCCCGAUCAACAAGAUACGUAGCCUUAAUUAGAGCCAGCAGAAGGACGCGUCGUGCUGAGCAUGAUGGCUUGGUUCUUUCGGCCUCCACUGUUUGCGACUUUUUUGCCUCCCCUCAUAGAAUCCUCUCUGUUCCCCUUGAUUGAUUCUAAAGGGGAAAGGAAGAAUCCAGGGGGAUAGAAGCUCUGACUUUCCCGAGUGAACUAUGCUAAGGGGAAAGAAACUACUUAGUCGCGUGGAAACUAAGGGGAAACUGAGCUCACUCAUCUCACUCAAGCUCAACCAGGGAUGCAUAGUGAAAAACUAGCGCUAAACAAGGGCUUUUGGAAUAGCGGUGCUCGGAUUCCUAGGGUCGGUUGGGGAGUACCUUUCAGCAUACAUCGGAUAUGCGAUUGACGUAUUUUUCAGAUUUAUUUUUGGUUUACUCAAAAACUCUUCCUGUUGUUCUAAAGAAGUAAACUUUUUUUUUGUCUAAGGUAGGUCUACCUGCUGAUUACUUAGUAGGCGUAAGUAGAUGAUGUAUCUCUCAUUUCAAGUACUGGCCUCUCCGCUUCAAAUAACUCAACAUCUCGCAAUUAUAAUCUGCAGUACUAGUCUACUUCUGCUAGCUCUCAAUAGUAAUCAGCUGCUCCGUAUUUCGCAUAAAUGACAACAUAAAAAUGCUCUUGUUCAGAUCGAAAUGCCCGCCGAAGAGGAGAAGCAGGAAGCUGAGAAAGCGAAGAAAGCCAAGAAACAUGGAGCUUCUCGUGUGGUCGUUGGUAAUGUGAACCCAGCACCUGAAAGUCCGAUACAACGACACUAGACGAGGACAGGACUUGACUGGUUUCUACUGACUCGUUAGGGGAAAGCCUCUUCAUCAACAUGAUAAUUUGAAGACAACGAUGGGGACACGAUGUUUCUGUUUGAACAGGAAGGAUCAACACAUUAUGAGAUGCGUGUUGUUGUAGUAACAAACGUGUUAGGUGUUACAUUGAUGUAGUAUAAUUAAGGGUUAACCCUUACUAGGUUGCGCAAUUCCACGGCCGUCUUUUAGACACACUGUUGGAACUGUAUCAUCCCGCCGGUAGGCUUGAAGGACUACUUGGGAUGCACAUGAAUGAAUGAACAUCCCCCACAACCAUUCCUCACUCUUUUUCCAGUAAGAAAGAGGUGAGCGAUGUUCUGAAGAAUGUAAUGCUGCAACCUUUCACAGUAACGUGUUAAUCGAAUUACCUCACAAAGUGUUUAAGAACAU